AAUCGAAUUUGUUUACAAACGAAAACAUUCAUCAUAGUCACGAUUGUGAACCAUUUCACAAUAGUUCUUUUACUAAAUUACCAUAACAUCUAUUAAAUAGAUAUGAUACUUUAUAAAUAUAGAGAUCUAUCUAAGUUUAAUAUUUAAGCAUCAAGAAGUGAAAGGAAAUAGUUAAGAAUGUCAACUGUAGAUUUACUUGGAAUACAGGGCAUUCGAAGUUUUGGUUGUGAGGAAGCUGACAUUCAGACAGUUCCAUUCUUUAAGCCAUUAACGCUUAUUUUUGGACCCAAUGGCACUGGCAAAACUACAAUCAUAGAAUGUUUGAAAUACGCAGCCACUGGGGAUAUGCCACCCGGAACUAAAGGACCAGGAGGAGCUGCAUUUGUUUAUGACCCUAAGCUGGCUAAAGAAAGUGAAAUUAAAGCUCAAAUAAAGAUGAUGAUAAGGGACAUAACUAGAAAUUCUUGCAAAGUGCAGCGUUCACUGUCUGCAAGAGUAAGGGACACUGAGGGUAAAAAAGUGGAAAUUAAGACAUUAGAUGGAGAACUUACAAGGUUCACCUCCAAUGGUGAAAGACAGUCAAUUGCAUGCAGAUUCUCUGACUUAAACAGAGAGAUGAUUGGAGCCCUGGGUGUAUCAAAAGCUGUUCUAGAUAAUGUGAUAUUUUGUCACCAAGAAGAUUCAAACUGGCCAUUGAGUGAAGGAAAGGCCCUGAAGGAGAAAUUUGAUGCCAUCUUUGCAUCAACUAGAUACACAAAAGUUUUGGAUGCAAUAAAAAAGUUAAAGCAGUCUCAGGAUCUAGAAAUUAGGGAAGGAAAAAAGGAAAUGGAUUAUCUUAAGCAGCAUAAAUCCAAAGCUGAAGAGCUGGAAAGAGAUCUAGAAGAUUUGCAAGUUAAACUUACUGCUUCAAUUGAAAGUGUAAAUAAUAUUACUGAAGAGUUGAAGCCAGUGAAGGAGCAGCUAACUACAAUCGGAACUAGACAAAAUGACAUAUUUAAACUGGAUACAGAGAAACAAAAAUUAGUUAGUGAACAAAGUUAUCUUGAAAAAAGUAUUGAAGACUUAAUGCUGAAAAUAAAAGAAGAGUUUCAAGGAACAACUGCUGAGCUGAAAAAAACAAUACAAGACUUUACCUCCCAGCUUGAAGAGAAACAGGAAGAACUAGAUCAACAAGAACAAGAGCAAAAUAAAAUAAAAAGCGAGAUUGAGAAAUUGAUGAAAGAAAAGAGUACUUUAAUGAUGGAAAAAGGAAAACUUGAAAAGGAAGCCGAGAUUCAAGAGACCAAUAUCAAAAGACGAAAUAAAAAGAUAUAUGAAGUAGCAAAGGCUUAUACUUUUGAGGGUUUGGAAGAGGACGUAGAAAUCAAUGAUGCAAAGUACAGACUGUUCUUUGAGCUGAUUAAAGAUAAAUUAAGUUCUAUGAUGGAUGAAGGGAGAAAGAAAAAGGCUGAAUUUGAAGAUACAGAAAAUCAGCUGCAAGUUAAGGUUGACAAGUUGAAAGAAACAAAAACAAAACUGGAACAUGGUGAGAAAAUGAAAAAUGAAACAAUUGAAAAAAACACAAAAGAAAUCAAAGAAAUAAAUCAGAAACUAAGCCAAAUGGCUGCCUCUGAAGACAAACUGGCAGGUCUAGGUCUUGAUUUAAAAAGAGCAGAAAAUGAAUUGCAUGCUAUUGAAAAUUCUUUAAAUCCAGAUGAUAUAAAAAAGGAGAUAUUGGAUCUCGACAGACAGAAAAAGCAACUAGAUGCCACAUUGAAUGAACUGAGCACAGAGUUAAAUAAAAUAACAAAGCAGUCUGGGAUUCAGACACAGCUAGACAUGUUGAUUGCCAACCAGCAAGAAAAAGAAUCAACUAUUGAAAGGUUAAGAAACGAGCACAAAGAUAGCAUAGAGAGUGUUUUAGGUCACAUACCUAUGGAUAACUUGAGGGAGAGUGUCAGUGAUUACAUAAGUAACCAAACAGAUAACGUUAGGAAAUGCAAUACUGUACUUAGUGAGUGCAAGGCACAGCUUUCAAAAAAGCAGGCAGAGAAAAAUGCAGCCACUGAUCAACUACGCCAGAAGGAAGAUGACUUGAGGGCAUCAAAAGACAAAAUUCAAGACAUAUGUGAAAGUCAGGACUUGGAUGAGGAAUUUAAUGAGGUGCAAAGAAAUCUAACACAGGCUCAAGAAGAAAAGGGUUCCCUUCUUGGUGCUGAUCAUAUGAUCAAGAAAUACAUAAGGAAACUUGAAAAAAAUAACCCAUGCUGCCCAUUAUGUAAGAGAGGGUUCCAACAGGUACAAAAAGCCAGGGAGCUUAUUCUUAAACUACAAGAAAAGUUGCGUAAGGUACCCAUAAGCCUAAGGAAAGCUGAAGAGGAUAUGGAAAAGUACCAGAAAAAAUAUGAUGAUAUCAUGCAGCUGAGACCAAUCCAAGAGAAUGCAGAUAAAAUCCAAGACAUAGAGAUUCCAAAUAUCAAGGAAAAAAUUGAAAAGUUAGAUGAAGAUAUAAAGCAAAUUAAAGAAAAUCUCCAGACAAAAGAAGAUGAGUUCAGCAUACUUGAAAACAGUCUACAAACUGCUAAAAGCUUUGAACCUGAUGUUAUUGAUAUGGAUUGCAGACAAGGGGAAGUAAGAGAGCUACAAAGGAAAAUUGAAGCACAAAGAGCCUUGCUGAUUGGUGGUGUUUCUGGUAGAACAACAGAUGUUGUAAUGCAGCAGAGAGAAGAAAAGCAACUUGAAUUAGAAACCAUCAACAGAACUCUGGACUUACGCAGGGAUAAGUUAAGUGAAUAUCAAGAACAAACACAAAAAAUGAGAAAUAAAGUUCACACUCUUCAGGCUGAGAAGUUAUCAAUUGAAGGAAAUUUGCAGCAAAAAAUUAAGUUUGAAGAAAGAAGAGCCACAUUGACAAGUGAAAAUAAAAACUUUCAGCGUGAUAUAGAUGAGGCACAUACACAACUGAAACCCAUAGAAAAUCAGAUUAAAAAGUUGAUUGAGGAAAAAGCAGAUGUUAGUAAAGAAAAAGAAAUGAUGAUGGAAAAAGUAAAAGCAGAUGUUGAUAUUGUUAAGAAGAAUGGAACUGAUGUGAGGAAUGUAAAUACAGAAAUUAAAAGUUACAAUGAUUCUGGUAAAUCUGAGAAAUUAAAAAACUGUAUAAAGAAAGAGGAGCAACUGGAAAGUUUCCAGAAGAAGCUUGAAGAAAGGCUAGACAAUGUCACUGCCAAAGUAAAACAGUUACAUAAUGACAUAAGUAACCAGCAGAUGUGUGAGAGGGAACUGCAAGACAAUCUUCAGCUUCGCGACAACCAGGAAGAGCUAAACAAACUGGGUGCCAAAAUUGAAGAACUGAAAGGAAAACUGGUAGGUUUUGACAUGAGAAACUUAGAGCAAGAGAGGCAAAAACUGAUUCUCAAAGAAAGAGAGUUAACUCAGAAGCAAAGUAAUGCUUUUGGACGGCAGCAAGGUUUUAAAGAUCAAAUCAAAGCAGUGACCAAAGACUUAGGCUCUGAUAUGUACAAAGAUGCACAUCAGAAGUACAAAUCCAAGAUCAUUGAAAUAAAAACCACAGAGAUUGUGAAUGCAGACUUACAGAAGUAUUAUGGAGCUUUGGAUAAGGCUAUCAUGAUGUACCACAAAUCCAAGAUGGAGGAGAUCAACAUUAUUAUCCGUGAGUUAUGGAAAAAUGUGUACAGGGGAAAUGAUAUUGAGACUAUUGAGAUCCAGUCAGAAGCAGAUGAUGGACCAGCAACUAGUACAAUAAAGGCAAGGAGGAGCUACAACUACAGAGUUGUUAUGAUAAAAAAUGGUAUUCCUAUAGACAUGAGGGGAAGAUGCAGUGCUGGUCAAAAGGCACUAGCAUCACUCAUAAUCCGCUUAGCAUUGGCUGAAACAUUCUGUGUAAACUGUGGCAUCCUGGCUUUAGAUGAACCCACCACAAAUUUAGACAGAGCCAACAUUGAGAGCUUGGUUCUAGCUCUAGUUGAGUUUAUCAAUAAAUAUCAAAGUCUGUGCCAUUUUCAACUAGUAGUUUUAACACAUAAUACAGACUUUGUGAAGCUUCUUGGCAGGUUUGCUUAUAUUGAUGAGUAUGUUGAGGUGUCAAAAAACACUGAAGGAUUUUCAAGACUUACAGUGAAAAAAAUUGAAGAUUUAUCUUCCAGUUGAAGAAUUAUUCUUCUUAUCAUCAGCUACCUUCAAGCUCUACAAUUUAAUUGUUUACUUUUAUUAUUACAACUAUUUCUGUUUAUUACAUAAGUUCUAAGAAAAUUUUUAUUUCAGGAUGUACUAAAAAAGUGCAAAAAAUAAAAAUAAUUUUAAAACAUCAUUUUAAGUUGUAAAAGAUAAUUUCUGGGCAUUAUUAAAAACAGUGAUAAAAUAAACAUAUUUCUGAGAAAUUUGAGACAUUUCAAAGAAAAAUAAUAAAAUAUUUUUAUGGCUGAAUUAUAUUUUAAAUAAUUCUCAUCAAAAGUGUUGGUAUUUGCAUAAACCUCUAGAUUUCCUGGCUGUGAUGUACAUGUUGUAAUUAUGAUAUUUAAGGAUUUAGUUAGUUAUAUUCUUUGUGCAUAAUAGAAAAUGAAUGUCAAUAUUCUGUUUUUAAAACUGCAUGGGUUUGAUGUUAGGUGGAUUAAUUUGAUGCUCUACUUUUAGAAAAAAACUUUUACUAUACAUUAAUGACAAAAUUUUCUUUAGCAUUUUUGUUUCAUAGCUCUAGGGAAGAUGGUGCUCAAGUUUAGUUGAAUUAAUCUACCUGUGAUAUUUUUAUACUUGGAGUAUAUUGGUCCUUGUUUUUUUUCAUGUUUUAGCUUGUAACAUAUGUUAGGAUACAAUUAACCUUAAUGAGCUCAAGUGGUAAUAAUAAUAAUGUGAUUUGCUGAUUGUGGUAAACUAAAAUCAAUAAGGUGAAAUUAUAUUAUUUAAUUGUGUGAUGGUUAUUUUGGAUGUUUAUGAUGUACAAGCUGACCCGCAGCAUUGUUUUUUAUUUUCUACUUUUCAGUAAUUCAUAAUUUGUAAAUUUUGUCAAUACCCUUUAUAGCCGUCACUAAUUAGACCCAGCUCUACGAUUCUAAACAUUCUGCAUGAACCACAGCUCACCAGACUGGUGGGUGUGGUGGUGAUAGCAAAAUGGUCUUUUGCUCAUGCCUGGAGAGCAAAAGAGGGGGAGGUGGGUGGUUAGAUAGUCUGCUUGCAUUGUCUUGCCCAUGAAGAGAAUUAUAUAUAUAGAUUGUGUUAUUUUAAGAUCAUCUUAGAUAUUAUUCUAUGGAGUCUUGUUUGUAGCUGUUAGUUUUAGUAGUUCAGAUAUCAGCUGGAGAAUGUAAAGAUAUAUAUCAUGAUCAGGCAUUUGUUCAC